AUGCCGGGUCGCCUCACCCUUCGCCGCCCAUCCCCUACGACGGUGUCGUUCACCGUUUCCAAUGCCUCCAGACACACCAGCACUCCGGCCAAGAUCCUAUUCUAUUUCCAGAUCCUCCUACGUGCGGUAAUCUUUGCGUUUGUGGUCUUUGUCAACAUCGCAGAGUUUCGGCAUUCCUUCUUCGAUCACGAUGGUCUGUUUGUCCGUUGGCCUGCAGUGUGGGCGAGUCCCCUAGGAUCAUACGUCUGUCGCAUCGCCGAUACGUACACCACUUGGGCUGUCGCGUUGUUUGGCUCAGAAGAAUCGCUGCUCGUCAUCCGCGGACUCGGCAUCCAAACCUCGACUUCCUCCUCCACCUAUCUCUCCAAAGCCUCGACGCGAUUCAUCCCCACCACCCAAAUACAGGACAUUGUGAUCCAUGAAGCGUUUAAAGGCUUCGAGGUGCGCUUCUACCUUGCUGUCAUUGUCGAGGGAGAGGGCGAGGUGGUUGUUGUUUUCCCUAAACUUCUACCCGGUCGAGCUAUUUUGGAGGAAGUAUGGAGAGGCUCGCGACACUGCCUUUACGAGUCCAAAUCGUGA